CUGGCGUAUGCCUCGUGACGGCGGGCUGUCAGCAAACAAUGGACACCUUGUCAAUGCGCGCGGCGAUGUUAAUGCAGUGUCAAUGAUGAUAUCGGCAGAGCACGGAUCGCAGUGCUUGUUUCACCUUCCGCCCAACGCAGACUGACCUCCCACGCUUCUUCCACAACAUCGCGUCCGCAGCCAAACUUUGGAGCCGAUCGCUCCCGACGCAGAACCAACCAUGGCACCGAUCGACGAGACGCCCGUCAGCCCACCGACCGUCGAGGAGGAGCUUGAAGCUCUGAUCGCCAAUGGAAGCCCUGAAUCCAUGGAUGCAGUAGCCAAGAUGAUGAAGGCCCUGAUCAACGAGCGCGACGAGGCUCUGCAGAAGCAGAAGAAGGCGGAGAAGGCACUGGCGGAGGUCACCAAGGAGCGCGAUGAGGCUCUCCAGUUAAUCAAGCAGCGCGACGCCGCAUCUGCCGAGAUUGACAAGGGUUUCGAGCCAAUGUCUCGCAAGGCGGCGUCGGUUGGUUCCAUCGGCAAACCGUUCAGUCAUUCGGAAAGGGAAGCUCGUCGUCCGCAAGACCCGGGAUUCAGCAGCUCCAGCACUGCGCCCAUCGUUGGCUCUGCCAUUCCUUUUCGUGGGCUGAGUGAGGUAGCUAGUCGUCCUAGCAUGUCGGCAUCUAAGAGUCACAAUCUGUUGCCCGCCAGUCGCCCCGUCGUGUCUUUCAGUCAAUCACCUAGUCGUUCCAAAAUGCCGAGCGCUCACAACAUUGCUUACACUAGGGAACCCCGCCUUCCGUCCGGAUAUGGCCUUCCUGCAGUGUCUGAAGCCACCAACGUCGAGACGGCCGCCUUUGGCCAGACGCAUGAGGCAGUUAGUCCUCCUAGCACCACCAGAUCUGGCAUCACAGUUCCUCAAUUCCAACCGGCGCCUCAUGGACCCAGUGCUGGGUCUCACAUUGCCUCCCGCUCGACUCCAUCGGCAGCUAGCGGCUCGGGUGCAGGCGGUGCUACAUCUGCCGCCCCAGGAGCUACUGGUCCAAGUGCAAGCAGCACUACAGCGAUCACGCAGAAGCCCAAAUAUGCCUCUAUGGCCGAGUUCACUGCGUCAUGGCCGGAUCCGAUGGAGCAGCCCUUCUACCACCCUGGCCAUGACCCCGAUCGGCCGCGCACGAAAUUCAGUAUGGAUGAAAUGGUGCAGGCGUUCGGUCCCGGCUACAAGGUAAUCGCGGAACUCGAGCCUCCGGAGCCGCUCCCUACUUUGACAAAGUACGUACCGGAUCCGGAUCUCGCAAACUUCCCAAUUCCUGGUCCGUUGAUCAGGAAGCGACGCAAGCCCCUGGCCCCAGCUAUUCAAACGGCCACCCCCAACCCCUCGAGCCAAGUCACGACUGGCUUCCCUAGUUCGUCCGCAGGCGUCCCCGCCGAUACUUCUGCUUUGUCGGCUACGGUCGGCACGUCUAGCCAAGGCCCAGCGGGCUUCUCUAGUUCGACUGCUCCUGCUAUGCCAACCGUAGGCGACCUUUCGAGCCAGACGACGGCUGCUUUCACGAGCUCGCCCGUCGACUCUCCGGUUGGUCCGCAAGGCUCGCCCGCCGACCUUCCGAUUGGUACUGGGAGCUCACAUGGCUUGCCUGCCGCCUCGUCUACCGCCUCUACCGGUGGUAGCGACUCCCCGUUCGCAGGCCCAGAGAGCCACUCCAGCUAGUGGAUCUUUUCAUGUUGGAUAUGACCGGCACAGACGGAUGAAUUGGCGUACUAUAUCCACGAGAGAAGGCAAGAAGGUUGUGGGCCGAAGGUGAGGGUUUCGUGUAUUUCUUAGAUAUUGCAGACAUGAGGUCCGCGGUUCAAUGAGAAAUCUCUUCUUUCAUGCUACUUACCACUUGCGUUUGUCG